AUGUUUUCCGACCCAUUAUCUUAUCUUAGUCGAUACCGCUUGCAGGACAUCACAUUAGAACCAAAACCACCAAGCGAAUACACGCAAUCGGUCCGUUUACCCGCCCCUAUCAGCCUACAGUACAGCUAUUCGUUAGACAUGGAUCCGCCAGAGUACGUUUGGCAAUGCUGGUAGACGGAGCUGCUGAUUUUCUAGGCAGCAGUGGCUAACCUAUCCGCACUUCUUAGCUUGUUCUCAAUCGAUGACACGCAAACACAGUCCGAGUCGCAAACGCAACCUCUACAAGUUAUAAACACGGCAUCGCCGCCAAAGAUGGCGUUUGUGGUCCCAGAGAAUAAACGUGUCGGGAGGAUGCAGAGCAAAACGGGAAGCAAGCCCAAGGGUAUUGCGGCGUACUUCAACACUGGCGGAAGCGAGGGUGGUGUGUCGCAGGCGGCGGCGUCCGCAUCUGCUGUACCACAACCAGUCACUCACGACGCACGUCAUAUGCCUAUGGAGGAGUCGGCAGACAUGCCGCCUAGCUCACUUGCACAGAUCGGCCCGCUACGCUCUAUCGCGGGCAUCAACGAGGACGGGGACGAACAGUCAAACACACAGUUGUUAGAUAUGCUCUCUGGCGGGUUUGGCGACCCUGACAUGGAUGCGGCGUUGGAAGUAGAUCAGGAUGUGGAGAUGGUGCAUGAGCCGGCGGCUGUGGGCGCGGGAGGUUUGGUUGAGGCAUUGAAGACGGGAAUGGAGGAUAUGGACGACUCUUUUGCCGAGUUGUUGAGGGAUGAUUCUGAUGAUGAGGAGACUGGGGCUAGCGAUGAUGCGGGAGAGCGCGGCAAGGGUGAUAGGCACUCCUCGGUUGUACGGCCGCCUGUUGUUACGAUUGUGCCGCCGCAGGUUGUUGAUGACGAGGAUGACGAUGAUACCUCCUCGGAAUCGGAUGAUGAUCAGGAUGGUGCAGGAAACACGCAGUCAUCAGCACCCAACGGGUCCCAAAACGACGAAAGCGCACCACAAAAAGACCAACGCCCGCAACCCUCCCGCCACCUCGCAGCCUGGGCCGCCGAACGUCCCCGUCCCGGCAACGCCUUCAUCGACUCAGAAGCCCAGGAAGAAGAAGACGCCUUCUUCGGCCUCGGCGGCGCCGACGACCCAGACGACCACCUUACCCUCGACGCCGAUCUCGACGGCCUAGUCGUCAGCGACGAAUCGGACGUUGAAGGCUUCGAAGACGUUCUAGAACUUCACCGCCAGCAAGCGCAGAGCGAACAUGAGAAGGGGAUCACGGAGCUGUUGAAUGAUGUAACGACGGGAAACCUCCGCAAACGGAAGGCGAGACGGAGACGACAGGGUGGGGAAGGGUUUCUGGAUGAUGAUAGCGAUGAGGAUGAUGAAGCGCUUUUGGCCAAAAUUCGGGGACGGCAUGCGUUCAAUGGUGGUGAUGGAGAGGAGGGGGAGGAAGAGAAGGGGGAUCUGAGCGCAUUGGCGGCUAACCCGGCGACGUCGGCGUUUGCGAAAUGCUUUGAUAAUGGGUGUGCCGUUAAGGAAGGAUUUUUGAGUAGUGAUGAGGAGGUGGCGGAGAAGAAGCUUGGGGUCAGGUUUGGGAGGCGGAGGGGGAGUAGGGCGGAGGAAGGCGAUGCGGAGGUGGGCAAUGCUUCUGAGGUGAGUUUCUUCGCUGUCCGUCGCGCGUGUGAAUGCUUUGCGUGUGUGAAUGCUGAUAUCUACUUUACCCGGUGCACAGCCGAAGCAGAGAUCACUACCUCGCUUCGCGUCAUGGCCACUUUACAAAAGCACCAAAUCAAACGACACGUCCCAGCGCUCUUCUAUGAUUGACGACGACGGCGUCGAGGAGGAGGAUGGCGAUGUCCCCCCAUCGCCUGAGGAAGGCGCUAUUCGGCGACCGCGACUUCGACGCGCUGUAGUUGUGCC